UGACGUAAAGACGAGCUACUGUAACAAAGAGUUUCCCUUCGGGGAUCAAUAAAGUAUUUCUGAUUCUGAUAUGUGAGGAAACACAAAAACUCACUCUAUCAAGUUGAAGUAAAAAAAACACAUCAAACCUUGAAAAGGAGGAUUGCAAAAUGAGUUUAUGAGUUUUUAGAGCUUAUUAAAAUACACAAACAUAUAGUACCACAACCCUCAUUAUUUACCCUCAUUUCCUUUCCCCAAGCUGAUCACAUUGUACUAGUCACACAUUUAUCACGUAUGGUAAUUGAGGAAGCGGAACAAAUUUAGUAUAUUUGAGAACACCACAGCCACAAACAGACCAGCUGAGCUGUUUAAACCAUAAACUUCUAGUUUGACAAGAAGGAAGUUACAGAAAAGCUUUGUAUUGAGCCAGGUAUUAACCAUUGUUCUGACCUUCAUCUGUGAAUAUUUAAUUUGUGGAAGUAUUGCUGUUGUUGAUGCCUUUGAAUGAUCUCAUCAGAGCUCCCGUCAGUGAUCAAAUGGAGUAUACACCGUGCACUUUUCCACCGGAUAACUCUUCCUUCUCCGCCCUCUGCCCAACCGCUGCCACACUCUUCUUCCUGCCCUCCGUCUACACACUCCUCUUCCUCACCGCUCUCCCAGGAAACGCGUUGUCUUUGUGGGUGUUCCUGCAGCGCAUCUCCACCACCUCCCCCACCCACAUUUAUCUGUCCCAUCUGAGUAUCUCCAAUCUGGUGUUGUCCCUCACCACGCCCUUCCUCGCAGCCUACUAUGCCUGGGGCUCAGUCUGGACACUGAGUGGCCUCCUGUGUCAGCUGGUCCUGCACGGUAUCACCCCACUGCUCUACAUUAACAUCUACAUAAGCUUCAUGAUCCUCACUUGGGUGGCCCUCAGCCGCUUUGCCGCCCUUAUCCGGCACACCCACGCCUCCAGGCCGAGCGCCUGCACAACACUGCUGCCACACGGUUUCUUCACUUGUCUCACAAAGACCUCCUUUGCCAGCAGGGUGUGUUUCACAGUGUGGGUGGUGGCGGUUGGGGGCAUUGUGCCAGUGACAGUUUACUACUCGGUGAACGAAGCCGGCGAAGGUGGACUAGCUGAGGAAGGAGGAUAUGUGGAGGUGUGCUACAGCCCUGCAGUGGAAAUAGGGGGCAGUCUGUCUGCAGCUUUCACUGUGCCUGUUAUAACCAUUUUCUUUGUGUUUUACCUGCUGGUGCUGCUGUCCUACGUGACAGUGUUGAGGCAUAUCAGACGCUCACGUCGCAGCACAAACGUCACCACCUCCCACAGCCUGCUGGGCAGGGUGCUCCGAAACAUCGUGGUCAUCCAGGUUGUUCUUUCAGUUUGUCUGCUGCCGUUCCAUAUCUUCAAACCAAUCUUCAUUUUUCUGGCCCGUGAUCAACGUCAGCUGACAUAUUCACCUGGCCCCAACAUCUGCAACCACUGUCAUCCACUCUCCGCCUUCAUCGAGCUGAAGAACUGCCUGUUGCUUCUGGCUGCAUUGAGAGCUUCAACUGACCCUUUGAUGUACUUCCUGUUAGACAAGACCUUCCGUCAUCAAACCCUCGGUCUUUUAAGGUGCAACCAGAACAACCGUGGAAGCAAACAAAGGUGUUGGUCAGUUGCAGAAAGUACAAAUCAGAAGGCUGGACAGUUGGGGGAUGGAAAUGUGGCAACCGCUACUGUGGAUUCAAGUCAUGAAAGUGUUUUGUAGUCGGCAAAUUCUUCUUUUGAAAGAAGCCUGAUGUUUAAACCGUAUUGUUGGGACUCCACAGAUGAAUUCAUUCAUUCGGGUGAUUGUUAACUUUUGUUAGGAGACUGAUGUGACGGAUGUCACUAGGUAAAUAAAAAGGUGAUCAUUUGUUCUCCCACUUUCUCCUGGAAUCCUUCACUGCGGCAGACACCCACCUGAACUCUCUCCUCCUGGCAGCAGAAGCGAAGUCUCCUGAUCUAGCAAAGCGCUGCGAAGGCCUCUUACAGCUCUGCAACAAAGUUUAGCGCAAACGGAUGCCACACACAAAGCCUGCCAGCUAACUUCACAUGCUAACAGGCAGGUUAACGCCGAGCUGUUAACUCUGUAAGGACAGCCACAGGUGGAGCGACCGGCUUCCUCCGACCUCUACAAGCGGAUGCUGCACAGCGGAACCACAAUUCUUCCCAGCUUGGCUCGUCUACAACAGACUGACCGGCAGCUAACAGCAGCACCAAAGCCUCCUCUCUUUCCCUCCCGACGGACGGGUAACGUAACAGCUGGGCAUAGCACAGAGUAACAGUGUAUACAGCUAAGCAAAGGUCUGUUUACCUUGUGUACAUGUGACAUGUUCAUUGACGUUUUAUUGUUGUGAUCUUCUCCGUGGUUAGUUUAUGUUACGCUCCACACAGACAGAGUCUUUACAUGCUAACUAACUCCUUUUAACUUGGCACCGUUAUCCUAAAUCACACACAUGCACCUUUAGUGUGGCUCUUUAAAGACAACCACACACACACACACACACACACACACACACACACACACACAGAGAGAAACUU